AUGACUGUCUUCACUUAUAAGUCCACUUUCAUAUGUUAUCCAAUAUAUGAAAGAACAUACAAAAGCAAUUUUGAGUAUCAUGUAAAAUUAAUCUAUUAUAAAAUAAAUUAAAUAAUCUUCAUUCUCUUUCUAAUUUUAAAAAUUUUUGAUGUGUUGAUUAUAUAAAUAGGUAUAUAAAAAUAUAUUAAUUUAAUAGGAAUAGCUCGCUCAUUUCUCUCAGUUUUUACAUCAUCAUCUAAUUAAUUUUUAAUAAAAUAAAAAACAAAAAAAAAUAAACAAAUAAAUUUAAAAUCAUCAUCUUUCGAAGAACAAAUAAUCCCAACUUAAAAUUAAACAAACAAAUAAAUAAAUAAAUAAAAAAAUAAAAAAAUAAAAAAAUCUUUCGAGAUAAAAUAAAAGCAACAAAAACACUAACAGAAAAUGAAAACACAAGCAAACAAACCAAAUAAAAACAUAAAACAAACAAACAAACAAACAUCUCUCAAAAUUAAACAACAUAAAAAAAAAUAAUAAAAUUUAUAUUUAGGGUUGGCAUGCUGA